AUGACACGUGAGGAAGAUCUCAUCCGAAUUGCCAAAAAACUAGACAAGAUGGUGUCUAGAAAUAACACGGUGAGUCCGUAUUUUGGCACCCACAGGUGGCGCGUUAUCUCGCUACCUCGUGUUGUGCAGAAGGCCCGUGAACGCUUCUUGUCGAUAUGGAGACGGUUUACCUCGCAUAAACGUUGAAGAAAAGCGGUAACCUCGUCCGUUCAUGUGUGUUUGGAGGGUCUGUGUCGCUGUAAUUUGAACCUGACGGUGCUAUAACAAACGAUCAACAGGUGUUUGGCGCGUAUUUGCACUUCGCCUGCAGGACGUGGAGUUCCCUGCGAGUCUGUGGCAAAAGUUGGAUCGAGUUUAGUCGGCUUAUCGAUAAGUUUGUGUGAAACUUUUGCAGGUGGUCGUAUUCGGUUUGAGCAAUAAUGCAAAGGUAAACAACGCGGCAAAGGUCGACUCUGCCUCUGUGUGUGUGCGCGCGUGCGUUUGAGCGCGUGUGUGUGAGUGAGUGUGUUGUGACUGACUGCAAACAGGACGCUGUUUCAUGGCGCUGGUGCACAGUUGGAGUAGCAUUUGCUGCAGACGAUAGUGUCACAGUCAGCAAAACUACAAGCUGUAAAGUACAGAUUGAGGCAAACGGACAGUAAAAACAUAUUUCCAUGAUGUUUAAUCUUCUUUUUACAUCGUCACAGCACAUUUAUUAAUAAAAAGAUCAAAAGAUUUAAAGUGGUUUUUGUUUUAAUUCUGUUUGUUUGUUUUCAGGAAGGUGCCAUUGACCUGCUGAGGGAACUAAAGGGUUUCAAUAUGACUCUCAAACUCCUUCAGGUUAGCAGAUUAGUUACUAUAUUAUAGCCCUGUGUUUCUAUCUUUUUACCCCUCCCCAACACACAUGCACACACGUGCACACACACCACCACCAAAUACAAUCUAAAGCUCCUGUAAGGAGUUUAUAGGACUUUUAACCCUAGAGCAUUAUUGCAAAUUAGUAACACCAUUACUAUCGCAGGGUGAUUGAGGAAAAAGUACCUGUCAUCAAAUUAUAUUAAAAUAGGACAAUACAUGACAAAUUAAAGUAGUUUUCUUUUAUUUUUAACUGUGCAAUGUCCAAAGGUAAGAAAGAAUGUGCAAAAUCACGUAAACAUGUUUGGUCGGGUGAAAACUACCUGGUGAUAGUGUUCUAGGGUUAAUAAGAACCGUAACACUCCUAGAGGGAUUUUUUUGACAUUUGCGAAAUUGAUUGAAAUUCAUAGUGAUGCUUAUCUGUGCUAUCCAAAGAGAUUUGUAAUAUUUAUAUGUUAAUUUUUAAUGCCUGAAAGCAGUGUGACAGGGUAGGUGUCAACCAUGCAGGAAAAACAGCCCUUUUUAAAAAUGUUUCAAUCAAGUAUUAACAAUAAAUGAAUCACUCCGCUGUUUAAGGUGAGCAAGAAAGUUUUUUUUAUUUUUAUUUAAAAAAUCACUACUGUACCACGUAGAGGACAAGUUAUGCAAAGACACACCUCCUAAGCUAAUCAUUUAGCAAUGAUUUCUGCUGUUCCUGUAAGAAUAAAGUGCAGUGAGAUUACUUACAAACAAAAAACAAAAACAGCCAAUAGUAAAAUUUAAGCAUGUGCAGGACAAACACAGCAAAGAGCUAACAUGUAGGCAUACAAGUCUGUCCACAAGUACCAAAAUCAACCCAAAAAGUUCCUUACUGAAGCUUUAAAAAUGCAAGCAAAGAUGACACAUGAUUCACAAUUUAAUUUGCAUUUCUUUGUGUGUGUUUGUUUUAGGAAACAAGAAUUGGCAUGUCUGUGAAUGGCAUCAGGAAACACUGCACGGACGAGGAAGUCAUCGCCCUGGCAAAGGUUCUCAUUAAAGACUGGAAAAGACUUCUGGGUACUCUUCUUCUUGACCUGAUGCAUGAUUUACAGUUGUUCAGAAUUCACUGAGGUUUUUCAUAGUGAUAUAUCCUAAUAAAUCAAUACAUUCAUAAACGAUUUGCUGUCCUAAUUCAUCCAACACUCCACAGACUCGGGAAGCUCUCAUGCUGAAAAACCAUCAGACAUGAAGAACGGUUUGGACUCCAGCAAAGCCGUGACAUCUCCUCCUAACAGCCCCCCCUCUGACACACAGAGCAGGUCAGUGCAGGGAUGUUUCAUAUGACCUUUUCCUUUCAUUUGUAAGCACACCUUACUUUUAUCACAUUUAAAUGGCCAAUACUGAUAAUAAGAGAGCAGGGUGACUGCUGGUCGAUACAUGCUGAUAUUUCCUUGUUGAUUUUUACUCUGCAUUUGACAAAACAGAAAAAUGUAACUGUACUUACAAAUGAGAAACAAAAUUGCUGAAUUUGAGUAAAAAUUCUAUCAAACUUAUUUAGAGGAGACAAUAUUUGGCUCUGUGAAGUAUUGCCACAAGGGUCUUUUGGUUGUCAUCCAGCUAUCUGAAUUUAUCAAGAAAGGAAAAAAAUACAAAGCAAAUAUUAGGGUCCAAAUAAAAAAGAAAAAUUAAAAACAUGUCAAAUUAUGUUAUUCUAUGUGUAUUAAAAUCUAAAAUACACAGUAACCUUUGUGAGUAACAUCUUUGAGACAGAUUUUUAAUGAACUGAUGAAAAGGGAAAUACAUUGAGUUAUGCUGUAAACUUCAGAGUUAACCCACUGAGCAAUAGACGGCUAUUAGCCGUCUAGUUUUCUUUAGACCCUAAUUUCAACUGUCCAGAUUUUGUAUAUUUUUAGACAGAAUUUAGACGUUACACUUUAACCCAUUAUUUGAUAACUAUUUAUUUUAAAAAGCAACUAUGAGUUGCAUAACUGAUCUCCAAGUACUUAACCAAAAUAAUUAUGAUAGCCAUUGAGCAAUAUACAGUUUAGUAUAGAUAUAGCCCAGAUUUAGACUUGCUCUAAACUUGGUCUAAAUUUAGACGUCUAAAAAUCGUUCAUUUUUAGACCUGUGGUAGCCUGAUUUUAAACCAGUCGUCAAGGCAACAUUUAGACGUCUAUUAGACCUCUUUAAGACCAAAAAAUGCUCAGUGGGAUACUAAAUGCUGAUUACAUCAAAAUGCCAAUAAUCAGUAUCAUUAAUCAGUCUGUCUUUAAUGGGGAUGGUUUGUGUUUUCUGAAGUGGGGUUGUGUGAGGUACUGGUCAAAAAUAAUUGUCUUACCCACAGGGGAUGCUGGUCAGCUUGGCCCCUUCAUUAACAAACCUGCUGGAGAAAGUGGGUGAAAUCAAGGCUAUCAACAGUAAGAUGGGGUCAAUGCUUCUGCAGGGUUUAGCUAACUGUAAGGAAAAAUCUAAUUAGGUAAUUGGUAAAAAUGAGCUAAUCAAAUCAAACUGAUACUGGUGUUUAAGUGAUGGUCUGUUCAGUAAAUCAGUGCUUCACUCAGCUGCCAGAAGGUCAUGCUAGUUUAAUAUUAUUCACAGAUGCAGCUUACAUGUGAUCGUGUAGAACUGUCCCAAUCUGUGUGGGGUGACACACUUCCUGUUGACAAGUACCUCACAUCAUCCCUCUUCAAAACACCUGAACUAAUCCUUUAAUUCAAGAAACAGGCAAAAGUUUGCACAGCCCUAGACAAACAGUAUUUAUACAUGUUCAGUCAUGUACCACUAAAAUAGCCGCCUUUAAAAUGAUGUGACAGAAGAUUUCUCAAAAACCACAAAAGAAUCUGAAAGGUAGAAGAAAAUGAUCAUCAGUAACACACCACAGUCUGCCCCGAGGAUUACUCUGAAGCAGGAAAAUGAAUAUUUGCUUCAGGAUGAUGUAAAAUGAUGUAAAGACCAUCUAUGUUUUUGUGCUAAAGGAGAUUUAAAUCUCUCCAUUUUACCUCAGUUUCUUCGAUUUUCAUCAUCAUUUUAUUUUGAAGAAGUAUAAUAUCCUACCCACUGAUGGCUGGUUUCUAUCAUUCUGGCAUGUGCUGUUUUUCCUCAGAGUGAAAAAGAUAUAUUUAUUUCUGGCACAAGCAGUCAAUAUCAGGGAUAUCCAAAUCUUUUCAUUUCAAAGACAAGAACAAAUGCAGAAAAAGGGCAGAGGGUUUUCAUACAAACCUAAAAAAUUAAAGCAAAUUAAAAGAAAAACAAAUAUUUGUUUGGUUGGUCGUCUUCAGUGAAUUUAUCCAGUCUCCUAAAAAGAUUUGAAAUCAUCUCUCACGUGUUCUGUAAACUGUUCACUGGAAUUUUGUUAAACUAAAACGAAACUAAAAACUUCACUAAAAGAAAAGGAGAUACACCUUCUGUUGCAGCUGAUCAGAUUGGAUAUGAGUAUGAGAGGAAGUACUUUAUCAUCUUGCAAUUUAAGAAAUGAGACAAUGCGGCUUAAGUUGUAAAAAACAAACCUGCUCUAGGUAAAACACAUGACUGUUCCCUGGCUCAUGAACAGAGGUAAAAAGUUUGACGUCUUUGUUUCUGUUAGUCACAGGAGACUGGAUGUCAAACCCAAACAGGACACAGAUCCUGACAGAAAACACCCUGAUUUAAACAGAAAAGAAAAAGACAAUGAUGAGCACAUAAACAAAAAGAGAAACACAGAUGACCCUGGCUUUCUGAAGCACCUGGACGAGCCCCAAAAUGAGAAGAAUUCCCAAGAAAUCAGAAGAGAGAAGCAUUUAGAAGAACUCAAAAAACACCGAGCUGGAGAAAAUCACAAAGUGGAAACUGAUAACAAGAAACAUAAGCAUGUUCAGGACCUGCAAAAUGAGAAACACAAGCCCGAACCAACGAGGGAAAGGCUUUUUGAAGAACCGAAAAAGAUGCGGCUCAUGGAGGAAGUGAAAAAGGAAAAACAACACGAGGAGGUGAAGAGGCACAGCUACACAGAGGAGAUGAAGAGAGAGAAACACAGAGAAGACAGCAGGCAUGAGAGGCCGACAAACAGUCUGCAGAGGCCGCCGUGUGAGAAGCUCGCAGACAUUCAUAGACCGUUAUUUGAAAGGUGAGAGGUGACGGUCAAAAACAAAUAAUCUUUACCAAAGAGUGUCACCCAGCAGAGCUUCAGACUGACUGAUUUAUUUCAGGAGGGGAGUUUUGGACAGCAGCAUUCUGUAUCCCACUCGGUUCCCCUCUCCUCGACCUGAACGGCCUCCCCUGCCGAUUAAACGCCCCUCUGUGGACCCGAAAAAAGAAAGGUCAGGACUCGUGUUUCACCCAAUCAUCAGAGCAUGGCAGACUGGAUUGUGUCUGCAUAACUGAACUGACUGAAUCUCUGAUUUGCACCGAAAUGUGUUCCUUCAGUUUUAUAUCCUCACUCUCACUGACAGGAAACUAUGUGUGCAUGCUGCAUGCUGUGACCGGAUCUCAGGUGUGCCAUCAUUCAAUAAGUUGACAUUACGCAUGGACAGCAUGACGCGUUAUCUAAGAUUCUUGACUUACCCUGACUUUAAGUCGUAACGUUUGCUCAGGAAGGACCAUAAAGACUCCUCCUCCAGACCUCCUCGUCCUCGCCCAUCCUCUCCUCCAGCGAAGCGUCUUUCAUUAGAAGUAAAGAAAGAGAGGUCAGGCAUGCUCUGGUGCACGUCUCUGGAGUGAUUUUAGAGUUUAGUGCAAGGAUUUGUUACAUUGCCCUCAUAUCAGUGUUAAUUUCUGCAUCAGGAAAAUUCCACUGGACCCAAACGCCCCCAUUGCUCCUCUUCCUCUCCACCUCCAUCCUCCUCCACCACUCAGGUCUGCACUUGCAUGCUUCCUGCGUUGCCUCAUAAGAAUAUCACCACCCUAAAGCUUUUCAGCUCAGCUAAGUGGUGCAUUUUCUAUCCAGAAAAGAACCUCCUGACCCAAAUGCUCCUCUUCCUCCACUUCCUCUUCACCUUCACCCCCCACCUCCUCCUAAGCGUACCUCUCUGGACGGGAAAAAGGAGAGGUCUGGAUCUCAUAAAUUUCAUUAUUCUGGCUGGGAUUAUUGUGGAAAAAAAUACACUGAGUUUUUCCUUCUCUGCAUUGAAUCCUUGUGUUGUUUGCCACAGCAGGAAGGAGUCAUCAGACUGUAAACCCUCAGCACAUAAGAAGGCAUCAGAUCGAGAAGAAAAGAUGGUGAAGAAAGACAGGUUCAGGAUCUGGAAAUUAUUCAGCCUCUCAUUCAUCCUUGACUAAAUGACGUUUGUGUUGUCUUUGGUGGAUCAGUGACUCCGACUGUAAUAUCUGUUUCUUGUUUGUACGAGAAAUAUUGACACAGUGCAGCGUCAGUAUGAUAUGUUAUGCCGUUAAGAGAGUUCCUGUUUUCUUCUUGCAGGAAAGACUCAUCAGAUAGCAAAGCGCCAAAAAAACACUCAGAUGAAGCCAAGAGAGAAAGGUUGGCGAGACAUGAGUGUGAAAAUGUGGUGUGGUUCAGACUUAAGUUUCCUCAAAAGGCUUUCUGAUGGUUUCAAAGCGUGAAGAACUUUCUAUUCCACGAAUUUAUCAACCUGUGAGAGGAUUUGUUUGGGAGUAAAACCGAUGUCUCCUUUUGUCAGGAAAGAUUCAGGUGAUUCUAAACCACAGCCUCCAAAAAAGCCCAGUGUGGAUGUCAAAAAAGAAAAACAAAGGUGUGCAGAAGCAGGACAUUGAAAUCCACUCUCCAAUACAUUUUUUGUAUCAGAGAGACUCUUUGGUUUUCUUUUGCAUAAAUGAUUUACACACUACAAAAUUUGCACUUUUUGUUUUUAGGAAAGACUCCUCUGACUCAAAACCUGCCCAGGCUGUGAAACGCCCGUCCACUGACGCUAAACCUGACAGGUAGGUCUGGUAUCUGGUAUGCACUUCAGAUCUCAAUCUCACCUGAAAAAGAAAUAAAAACUCAUCGCAGGUUCAAACAAAGUCUUUGUUACCGUAGACGAGAAUCUACUGAUUCAAAGAAAAGCAGCUCACCACCACCAGCAAAGAAGCUAACAGCUGAAAGGUAACUACCACAGGAGAGGAGAGAUGAUUGUCCAUUAAAUUUACAUGAUCAUAAUAAUUCUGACUUUAAGAAUUUACAGGAGAGAGUCUCACGGAUCCAAGACCUCCCAGCCUGGACCACCAACAAGGAAACCCUCUACUGACAGCAUUGAAAGGUUUGCGAACACUUUUGUGUGCGACACUGAAAGUGAUUGCAGCUUUAUUUCACUCUAUGCUGACGACACAAGAUCAGUGUAUGCAGUCCAGCAGAAGUGCAAAGUCUUAAGGUCCUUACACACCAGCGAAUUUGCAGAGCGAAGCGAAAAAGUGAGACGAAAAUGCGAAAAUAUUCGCCGGUCCGAAAAAUCGCUUUCGCUUUUACACACCGGGUGACCACUCUGUGGUACACUCUCCCCCAUCGUUGCUCUUGGUGCCAGUGGUGGUGUGUGUCGUGUGAACUGCAGCCGCAUGGGUCUGUGACGUCAUCAACAACAUGACUUUUGAUUGGCCAGAGGUCUAGCAGGUCCAGAUAUUCGCCCGAAAAAUUCGACAAAAGAGUGAAAAAAUAAAAGACACUUUUCGCCCCAUGGAAAAAUCGCCGCUGGUGUGGAAGCUUCCAUUGACUUUAUGCUGUUUUAAAAAAAGGUGAAUAAAGGCGAAUAAUUGGCCUGGCGAAUUCGCGCCCGGUAUGUAGGGACCUUUAGAUCAAUGCUGUUGAUUUGCAGAAUUAUCGGAUUUGUCUGCUGCAUCUCUUCAGCUCUGAGAGAGCUGCUGUACUGUUCAGUUCAAACUAUUUAGAGCAGCCUACAAAAUAACAGUGUUGUACAGUCUCUCGUGUUGUUUUUAGCGGCCUGCUUUAAUUUUAGUUUAAGUCUAGUCUUUGUGUCAAACUGUCAUUUUAGUCUUUACUAGUUUUAGUCACGUUCAAACUCAUUUGAACUCAAACUCACUAAAACUCUGAGCAUUUUAGUCUAGUUUCAGUCAGAAUAACCCAGACUAUUUUAGUCUAGUUUUAGUCAAUGACUUUGAUCUUUUUUUAGUAUUGUAAUUCUGUUUAACUCAGUUAAUUUAGUAUAAUUACCUAGUAUAGUAUAGAAUAGAUAAAGCCCAAAUUUUACUUUUGGUGCAACCUGGCCAUGACUCCAACUCGCCCAAAAAGUCUUUGCCCACCGCAUCUAAAAAUACUGUGAGUUAGGGGAUUGAGGAUGUGACAUCACCUGCGUCUGAGCAGGGCAACGCGCAGCCGAGGAAACAGAAAACAAUAGCAAUGCGACUGAACAAUUUCGUCUUGUCUCGUUUUAGUCAACGAAAAAGAAGAGACAUUUUAGCGGAGUUUUUAUUUUGUGAACCACGUUUAUUCUUGUUUUUAUUUGUCAACAAUAUUGCAUUUUAUAUGUAGUUAUAGUUAUCAUCACAAGACCACCAUUUACAUUUCGUCUCUUCUCGUUUUCGUCAAGUGAUUGAAGUUUGUUGAUGAUGAUAUUUCCUCAUAAUUUUUGUUGACGAAAGCAACAUUAGCAGUAUCUUUGCAGCUUGACCUCUGAAUGAGAGUAAAAGGGAAAUAAAAGAUAGGAAUAAAAAAUUGUGAAUAAGGUAGGGAAUUAAAAUGCUCUGUGAUUGAUAAGAAGUCCAGAGAUGAAAUGCUAAAAUAAAAGGUACACUUACUGUAUGUAAAGAUACAAACAUUAAAGGAUGAUGGAAUAACUGAGGUCAUACCAGACUCAGCACAAAGACUAUGACUCUUUGAUUGUUUUUUUCCUUUUUUUGCAGAAAGGGCAAAAUAGACACCCCUAAAACUCCCACCACCCCUACCAGCCCGUUAUCACCCAGCUUCAGUUCUGCUGGGGGUCCACUGUCCCCUCACCUCUCAACCGGAGAAACCAUCAGAGACAAAUGCAUUGAGAUGCUGGCAGCAGCUCUGAAGACUGACAGUGAGGAUGAGAUUACAAUCAUUUAGAGCCUCUCACAGAUACAGUUAUUAGUGUGGAGCCGUGUGAGAAACCCACAGAGAUUUCCACAUUUUGGAGAAAGUGUUUUCUUUUCUCUUCACAGAUGACUACAGAGACUUUGGAACCAACUGUGACAGCAUGGCUGCAGAGAUUGAAGAUCAUAUCCUUCAUUUGAAUGAAUUUAUUGUCUGUCGUGGUGGUUAGACAAGUUCAUUCUGUGAUGAGCCACAUCAUAAUGAGUUUAUUCAUCAUCAUUGCUAUGAUCCUUGACUGUACAGUUGCACAUAUCUACCAGGAGAUCAAGGCCACUGAUAUGAAAUAUAAAAACAGAGUCCGCAGCCGCAUCAGCAACCUAAAGGACCCAAAGAACCCCGGACUUCGCAGGAAUGUCCUCGCAGGAAGUAUUGAAUUAAGUCGCAUCGCCAGCAUGUCUGCUGAGGUACAGGACACUGUAGCUGCACGCCUAACUCGCCUAACAUAGACUGUAUAUACUAUGGACAACUUGGUUCUGCCACCCGCCAGUAUGAGGAUUUGAAGCCGAAAAGCUCUCAGUAAUUCUGCGUUUUUUCUCCACUUCCUGAAACCAACAUUGCGCAGUAGCGUUGUACGCACUCCACCACUUGUACAGUAGCAUUGUACGCAUUCUGCGGGAGAGUCGCAGAGAGUCGCUGUGAUGACGCUUAGCUCAAACAGCGGAUCCCCCGGGUGAGCUACGCAAUUUUCAUACGCCCAUAGGCUGUAUCAAGUGUCAGUCAUAGAAAACAUGAACCCCCUAAUAACUUUUAAAAAAUGGAGCUGUACAGAAAAAAGAGGACUUGAGCACAAACCAGUCUUACAAUAACCAAAUGUCAACAUCACAAGCAGGGGGGAGAAAAAAUUAUAUUCUGUGUAAUAAAUUUAUAGUUUGUCCACAACUCCAUAGGCUUGCUGGAGGAGGCGGGAUUUAUGACCUAUACUGCAGUCUGUUACUAGGAGUGGCUUCACCCAGCGAGGACUCAAACGCUGUCCAUUCUAUAUACAGUCUAUGUUCCUAACUUCCAUGAUUGCACAUCACUAACUGUGUUUCACUCACGCCUCUGCUCUGUUUUUUUCACACCUGUGUGUUUCUGCAGGAGAUGGCCAGUGAUGAGCUGAAACAGCUGAGGAACGUUCUCACCCAGGAGGCCAUCAGGGAACACCAAAUGGCCAAAACAGGGGGCACCACCACCGACCUGCUGCAGUGCGGCAAGUGCAAGAAGAAGAACUGCACCUACAACCAGGUAAUAAAGAGAUACACGUGAAGAACAUUUGCACAACAUGAAACCUUCAGAGAGAGAAAAUGCAUCUUUUUGAUGAGGAAGGAAAGAAGGAAGGAAGGAGAAAACUAUGAACAGAAAUCCUUGUGAUCAGGCUGCAAAGUUUCAGUGAUUGCUGUGUGAAAUAUAAAUGACCAUUUAUUCUGGAUUCUUCUCAAGAACAAGUUUCUUGCUCAGUGACGGAUUCAAUUCUCAGCAGCUGUCAGAAUCAGAGGCGGUACAAAUGACUGUGUAGUAAACGCUAAAUGUCCUGUGAUAUAUCCAGCUGUUGUUUCCGUUUGUCUGUAAAUGAUGUGUGUUCGCUUUUAUUUUGAUAUUCUUCCUGUGUGUCAGUAUUUUAUUGCACGGUAAAAGUGAGUUUACAGCUCGCUAAGCCUGCUCUGUGUGUGUGUGUGUUGUAGGUGCAGACACGCAGUGCUGAUGAGCCCAUGACCACAUUUGUUUUGUGUAAUGAGUGUGGUAACCGCUGGAAGGUAAGUCUGUCCCUGGCUUCCAUUUGAAUGAUGGAUAUCCUCUAAACUCAGGAAUCUUGUCUCAGAGUUAAUCGUUUGUUUCCCCUCUGUAUUUCAGUUCUGCUGA